GCGAGAAAUAUGCAUCGGAAGGGGCCUGGGUCAGGACGGGGGUCUGGGCGUAGAAAGGGGGAAGGGAGGGGCCGUCCGAACGCUAGGGGAUAUGAAUCAAUUCAUAGCCGAAAUUUCCGUAUCGUCGCUGCACCCCUUUUGUUUGUUUUUGCCUUACUUCGAACGUUCGUGUAUCAACUAUGGGUUGUUGUCAUUUUAAUUGCUUGUAAAAGUCGACGAGCCAUUCCAGACCGAUAUCAUAACAGAAAAAGUGACGAAGAGGAGGGUUGUCUCAUGAUGUCAGACAGCCCGAGGGGUAAGAGCUACGUCGGCCCGGGGGAGCCCGCCCUAGCACAACAGAAGCAUCACCACAGGAAAGCGUUCGAGUACAUCUCAAAAGCCCUGAAGCUGGACGAGGAAGAUGCAGGUCGCAAGGAACAAGCCAUUGAUCUGUAUAAGAAGGGCAUCAUGGAGCUGGAGAAGGGCAUCUCAGUUGAGGUCAGCGGACAAGGUGAAUCGUAUGAGAGAGCCCGGCGCCUCAAGGAGAAGAUGCUGACCAAUAUGGUUAUGGCCAAGGACAGACUGGAUGUUCUCGAGAAAGUCUUACAACACAUAAGAUUAGACGCCAUUGCUGAGGAGAGAGAUCACAGAGACAGUAAGGGGAGGCAACCCCCCCAAACACAUGUCACUGAUAAGAAUACAAGAGUUGUGGCCCCUGGCAAGAAGACUCCAGUCACAAGUAAACCUCUGAAGCCAAUGAAGAUGGCCGUGCACAAGUGCAAUACACUGCCUCGCUCCCACAGUGCUACUCGGGAACCAUCAGGACCAGGGGCGUCGCCACGGGCAGCCAGGAAAGCUUCCCUCCAUCACAGGAAUCUGUCACAGGGGGAUGCUCGUGGUGCUACAAAGGGGAAGAGAGAACUGUCUUUAGCAGGCCUGAAGAACGUCGAUAAAAAGCUGGCCAAUAUGAUUCUGAAUGAGGUCAUCGACCAGGGGCCUACAGUUUCUUUCAAUGACAUAGCUGGUCAGCAUAUAGCAAAACAAGCCUUACAAGAAAUAGUCAUUCUUCCUGCUCUCCGCCCAGAGCUGUUUACAGGGUUGAGGGCCCCUGCCAGGGGACUGCUUCUGUUCGGACCCCCUGGCAACGGCAAAACUAUGCUGGCCAAAGCUGUUGCAAAUGAAUCCAAUGCUGUGUUUUUCAACAUUUCUGCUUCAAGUCUUACUUCCAAAUGGGUUGGAGAGGGUGAGAAGCUUGUGCGCACAUUGUUUGCUGCAGCCCGGGAACUCCAGCCUAGCAUUAUCUUCAUGGAUGAGAUCGACUCCUUGUUGUGUGAGAGGAGGGAGGGGGAGAACGAUGCCAGUCGCAGACUCAAGACUGAAUUCCUGGUCCAGUUUGAUGGUGUUGCGAGCGGAGCCGAGGAGAAGGUGCUGGUAAUGGGAGCAACCAACAGACCUCAGGAACUGGAUGACGCUGUGCUCAGGCGUUUCCCGAAGCGUGUGUAUGUGACAAUGCCUGACCUUGACACACGGCGCACGAUGUUGAGUCACCUGCUCGUCAAACAUGACAAUCCUCUCACGUCAAAAGAGCUUGACCAUCUGUCCAGAUUGACAGAUGGAUACUCUGGAAGUGAUCUAACUGCUGUGGCCAAAGAUGCAGCUUUAGGGCCAAUCAGAGAGCUGAGCAUACAUGAAGUGAAAAAUUUAGAUGCAAAUAAGGUGAGAAAUAUCCAGUUGUCAGAUUUUGGUGAUGCCUUGAAGAGAAUACGAAGGAGUGUACCACUGGAUACCCUGGAGAAGUACGAAUGGAACGGGGAAUACGGGGAUAUUACCACAUGAUAUUGUCACAUGACAGCAUGGAGCAUGUCAUUGGCUGAUUUGUAUGAGCAGAGACCAAUGAAAGCAGCAUGCAGAGUUUUAUGUCCGUGGCAACAGAGUAUUUAUGGACCCAGAGGUGUUUGAAACAAAAUAUGUUGUAACCCGAAUGAUAUUUGAAUGCAUAUCUUUACGUCAGUCAUUUUCAACUUUCUGUAUUUUGUAGUAAAAACUAAAGACAAUGCAAAUAAGCUGUUACAACAGUUACGUUUUGGAGGAACAAAGACAGUGACAAAUGAUAUAUGUGUGUGAUACAAAUAAGGGUUAUGGAUGAGACGUAUAUUACAUCGACUGUAUACCAACACAAACUUGGGCACUGUGUGGAAGAGUCCAGUGUCCAUUAGUGGAGACUUGAGAUUUACACUGGAGAGUUUACCCCGGAGACUAUUCAGCCUGUCAUCUGUUGGCAGAUAUCAAAAAGCAUCAAGAAGCAUUCCAUAUACACUGUGACUGUGUAAAGACAAUAAUACCAGAUGUUAUGCUUUGUCAACUCCUUGAUUACCAUGUCUAACAUUUUGAUUUGAGUCAAAGAUAAUUAAUAUUUCACAAAAGAUCUGGAAGGAUCAAAUAGGACAGCUCCCCUGUGGUUGAAUGUAACAUUCUAAGUCUUGCUGUGCUGUAUGCAGGGAAACUCUGACCAACCACUCCUAAAGUGUUGCAGUAUAUGAGGACAGGGGUGUGUUGUCAUCAGCGUGUUAUACACGUCCAUACUCUGGUGUUGAUGCCACAUACAAAUAUGAUGAUACCUUCGUCACUGAGAUAGCAUAUUGUGUAUCGGGAUACUCAGUUCCAAAUAUACUACCCAUCAAAAGUUUAGACUCACUUAAAGCAGAGACCAUAUCCCGGUAUAUGGUCUCUGCUUAAAGCACUCACUAUAUGUUAUGC